UAUGAGUUACGAUAUAUCCCAAUAGUUCAUCGAAUUUCGUAAGUAAAUUAUGAACAAAACCUUGACUACUCCAGCAACCAACACAAGUAAAAUAUAAACCAUUUCAACCCCAUCAAAGAAAUAAGAAUUUUCAGUUGACAUACUCAAAUAAUCAAUCUGCAAAAACGUUAAACGUCUUAAAGUCAAAUCUGCUAUUUCAAGUAUUUACAUUAUAUAUUUCAUCCUUUUAGACAUCCCCUUGAGUCCACAGAAACAAAAACCUACAUCCCCAAUUAAGAAAUAGCCAUAUAAAAGUCCUUUAAGAUUAAAACAAAAUGAACAAAUCAGAAGUCCAAAUAAAUAACUAUACAGUAGUACAUCCAAAAGUUAAUAGUCUUAAAUUAACACUUUUCAAUUACCAUAAACCUAUAGACAAUCUGAUUAUAUUGAUUAACAAAGCCAAAUCAAAUUGUACUCUUCAAAAUAUCAGAAAAUUAUGAAUGAAGAACAAGGACUCUAUUAUAGCUAAUUAUAAACUAAAUUAGAUUAACUCUCCUCAAUUAUUGGUAAUUAGGAUGAUCGAUAAAGAAACCUACUUGAAAUUGACAAUAUGAUUAGCUAAUCUAAAUAGAUCAAUGCCAAAUCUAGAGUCUAAAAACAUCUUGAUAGUUUGCAAUUUGAAAGCAAGGCAUUACAAAGCGAUCUAAACACUAUUAAAACUAAAAUAUCAAGAUUUUCUGAUUUUACUGAUAAUUGAU